GACCUCUGUGAGCGAUGCAUGUGAGUUCGUCGAGAUGUUUGGAGAAGUGCGCCGGUCAUGUUCUUGCUUCAUGCCUCACUGCAGACUUUAGGAGACCACCAGGUACAGUCGGGGUUUUCUUACACUCGCCUACCUCACGGAAACGCGUUAAAAUCGACUCCUCUUGUCGCCAAAUCCAGUCUAUUCACGGCGACUCUCCUCGGACUCGCGACUGCAGCGGCGCCCUCGUGAACUUCCGUCGCCUUUUCACAACUUGUGUGGGAAACGGUCAUUGUUUACGUUCGAGAAUGGAAGCGGCUCACGCUCCAGCGGAUGCGGACGCCUCGGAAAAGGCAGUAGAAACCGGCAAGCGUAAGAGCGACGAGGCGUCGUUGCCGGCUGCCCGCGGUAAGAGGCGCCGUGGAGCCGGAGGGAAGAACCUGCGACCCGGCGAGAGGUACGUCCCUCCCCCGCAGAAGCGCAACCCCGGCGUCAGCUUCAGCCCGGACGACUUUAACGAGACCAGCUACUACUUUGAAGGGGGUCUGCGGAAGGUGCGCCCCUAUUAUUUCGCCUUUAAAACCUACUGCAAAGGACGCUGGGUGGGGAAGAGCCUGCUGGACGUGUUCAGUACGGAGUUUCGCUGCGAAUCUUUGGACUACUAUCAGAGAGCGGUGAAGGAGGGUCGCAUCCGGCUGAAUGGCGACCCAGUGGAGGACCUGUCUGUGGUGCUGAAGAAUAAUGACCUCAUGAAGAACACGGUGCAUCGGCACGAGCCCCCGGUGGUCGGCAGCCCUCUGAGGAUUUUGGUGGAUGAUGGCGAGGUGCUUGUACUUGACAAGCCCGCCUCCAUCCCCGUCCACCCGUGCGGCCGCUUCCGACACAACUCGGUCAUCUUCAUCCUGGGCAAGGAGCACGGAAUCUCUGCUCUGCACACGGUCCACCGACUGGACCGGCUCACCUCUGGAGUGCUGCUGUUCGCCCGGACGCUGGAGAAGUCCAAGGUCCUGGACCAGUUGGUGAGAGACAGGAAGCUGGAGAAGGAGUACGUGUGCCGGGUGGAUGGGGAGUUUCCAGACGGGGAGCUGAUCUGCGAGGAGCCCAUCCUCGUGGUCUCCUUUAAAAUCGGACUGUGUCGCGUCGAUGCCAAAGGAAAGGAGUGCAGGACCAUCUUCAACAGAAUCAGUUUCAAUGGGAAAACCAGUGUUGUCCGCUGUUUGCCCCUGACUGGACGCACGCACCAGAUCAGGGUCCACCUUCAGUACCUGGGCUUCCCCAUCGUCAAUGACCCAAUCUACGGGUCCUCAGCUUGGGGUCCUCACCGGGGGAAGGGCGGCCAGGUGGGAAAGAGCGACGAGGAGCUCUACCAGGCGCUGGUGCAGGAACACAAAGCGAAGGAAGGGCUUGACUUGGAGGGAGAUGACAUUGGGAUUCCACUAGAGGGAGUUGGCGAGGUGGCAGCAGCAGAGAAGACUUUGGAUCAAGAGAGCGGAGAUUCACAGACAGAAGCCACUGGCUCGACAUCUAAUGGAGCUCAGUGUGACACAAGUGAGACUGCAGGCCGAGACCACCUGUGCAGUGAGUGCAAGCUGGUGCGGCCCGACCCAACUGAGGCAGAACUGGUCAUGUAUCUUCAUGCUUUACGCUACAAAGGACCAGAUUUUGAGUAUUCGACGGAUCUACCUGACUGGGCGAAGGAAGACUGGAAUGAUGUCUGAACUUAAUGUUCCAACAGGUGCAGAAAGGCUGUGUCAUGGCUGAAUGGAAAAAAAUAAUUUAUUUAAUUCAUGUGAAUCACGUGUGUCCUUACAACCACGAUGUUUGUAGAUUCUUAAAUCAUGACAUUUUUUAAAGAGCCUCAAGAACUGACUGAGUCGGCAACAAACCUUUUUUUUUUCUUUCAAAUAAUUGUUUCCAGUUUUAAAGAAAUAAACCUGGACUGAUGCUCCAUUUCUAUUUUGGAAAAGAUGUCAUGACUGUUGUUCAUUUAUUUUUCUUCCAGUCUUUGUUUUGACUUAUUUGAUUUUAACUGGACCAAUUUAGAUGCACUUUUGGCUCAGAGUUUCCACACUAAAUUGCACAUCUUCUAUAACAAAAAUGCAGCAAGGAUUAUCAUGAGAAACUGUUGCUUUAAGGGGUUAAAUCGAAUAAGUAUAAUUGAACGGAAAAAAACUGAGUAAUGAAGUAGCGUAGUGAAUAAGGAGAAAUAAAUGGGAUUUUACACAAGACUGAAAACAAAACAGCUUUUUAUUCAUCAAUUAAUAAAAGAAAAAAUGCCAUUAAAUUAUAAAAGAAAAUACAUUUUUAGAUACACUUUGAGGUGAAUGAAUGCACUUCAGGCAUUGGAAAAAUGAAAAUACAAAUAAAUAUGAACACUAUUUUCAUUACUGUGGACAUGACAAGUAGUUGCUGGUAAAUAAUAUGUAUUUCAUAUGUAGCUUUUUCAAACAAAUUUCAUUGUUGUGUUAUAAAAACCUGAUAGAUUCAUCAGAGGCAGAUUUCUGUUAAAAUCACACAGCAGUACUGGAGAACUGGGAUGGGAGGAAACAUGAAGCUGGUGAACAUGCUUCAUCUUUCAGCCCCGUAUCAUGAAGCGUCACGGACAUCACCUUCUCUAAAGUCACCACAAUGUAGUCCCGCACAAUAAAUAUAUUCUGGGUGUGACACAGAGACAAUAUUCCUCUUGGAGUCAACAGAAGUUUGGCACAUCACGACUGGUACAAGAAGACACACGCUGGGUGGAUAUGACAUCUCUGCUUGUGUAGAAAAAAAGGCCUUUUCCGCAAAGGUCUCCAAAGGCUUUAAGGUUAGCACAAGUUGUGGGUCCGACCUAUGUUGAGGGAGUAAGCCCAGAUACAGGAAUACACUUUGCCCUUUCUCCAUCAAGAAUAAAUUUCUAUUUAGCACAAUCACGCACUUCUCACAAACACCACAGACACGUAUUUAUGGUUCUUCAGAAGACGAACUGUACACAAUUGGCAACUCGCUCUGCGACAUUUAGAUGACUCUUCACUGAGGCACGUCAUGUUGCAAGCAACGUAACGUGUGUAGUAUUGCAUAUUAUGGAGUAGAACAUUUGACAAGGUGCCGGUGAAGGCUACAUCCACAUCACUGUGAUUUUUAUCCACCAUGAAGCGAUACCAGAAACAAGCUUUUUGGACUCGUGUUUAGAUAGCCGUUUAUGUAGGUUAAGGGCCUAAUCAUUUUUUAAUUUAUUGAAUAAAUUUUAUCGUAAACUUUACAUGGAUAACGGCCAAAUUCAAUGAGUUGUGGGCCGGAUUUGGCCCCCGGGACUUGCGUUUGACACAUGGUUUUCAUCAUGAAUUGCCUUGUAUUGUAGCUCCAUCUAGAUAGACGUGUAGUCUACUCCGUACUAAAUCUGUCUUGGUUAGGGACGUGAAAACUCUAUAAAAACAAAGGUUAUCCUCUCACAACGUGGAUGUAGCCUCAGGUACAUAACAAAACAUGCUCUUGCUGGGAAGUUAUGGCCGUGUCAUGCUGGAGCAUCCAUCAUGCUGUCACAGCUGACUGAGUGAAGUGCAGUGCCCUAGUGUGAUCCUUUGCGGCGGCGCUGCUCAGCAGUCUCGCUGCCCGUCCCUCUUGAUCCAGACGUCGGGCAGGUCUGGUUUACUGUUAGGCAGAAUGACCACCUCCUCGUUUUGGCCACUCCUGCUCUUUGUGGUCUCAUAAACAGGUUCAUUCAAAGAGAGUCUCAGCGUGUCCCGUUUGCUGUUCAGACGACCCGGUUGUAACUGAGCCUCCUCCUCGCCACGCUGGCGCGCGUCCGAAGUUCCCGGCUCGAUGUCGGUGAGGCACGUUUCGUCGGAGAGACCCUCGCAGGAGCUCUGAGAUAGGUGUCUCUCGUCGGUGGCUUGUUCCUCGGUGCUGAGUGACGGCAGGUCGGUGGUCUCGAGUGUGUGGCUGAUGAUGGUCUCCUCGAUGCUUGAGGAUGAUGAGAAUGACUUAUUGGUCCAUCGCUCAUCAGACUGAGCCAGGCAGUUUUUACACGGCAGUUUGUCUUGGCUGACAGCUCGCUGAGAGUUCUCCCUGUACGGAGAGGAGGUCUGGAGCGCUGGAGGAGGGCAACCCGUUUGACAUUGUUCACUCAUCACAUCUGCCUUUUCUCCAUUAGCACCCAUGUCUCCCUCACAGUAUUCAAUCUCAUCCGAGAGCACCGAAGGCCUGUUGGACAGCUUGCUUGUGCAUGUACUGUUGUCAAAGCUGUCGCUUAACCGAUACGCCAGCGGCUGGAGCUCGUACUGCUCUGCGCCCCGACCGCCUCUCGCCGGUCUCUGCGGACACUGGUGUUUUUGGUAGAAGUAACCAGCCCCCUCUUUGUC